CAACUCCAGCCGAUUUGGAAAAUUUGUGGAACUCUUCCUGGAGGACAAUGGACUGAUCUGUGGUGCCAUCACCUCCCAGUACCUUCUGGAGAAAUCCAGAGUCAUCUUUCAGGCCAAAAAUGAACGAAACUACCAUAUCUUUUACGAGAUGCUAGCUGGUCUCCCCACACAGCAAAAGCAGAUGUUUUGUCUUCAAGGGGCAGAAACCUACUAUUAUCUCAACCAGGGAGGCAACUGUGAGAUUCCUGGCAAAACGGACCUAGAAGAUUUUCAUCGGCUGCUUGACACCAUGGAGGUCUUGAAUUUCAGCCUCCAAGACCAGGACAGCAUCUUCCGAAUCUUGUCUUCCAUCCUUCACCUGGGGAAUGUCUAUUUUGAAAAGUAUGAGACCGACUGCCAGGAAGUGGCCUCAGUGCUGAGCGCCAAGGAGAUCCGGGUCGUGGCGGAGCUGUUGCAGAUCUCUCCUGAAGGCUUGCAAAAGUCUAUCACCUAUAAAGUGACGGAAACGAUGAGGGAGAAGAUUUUCAUACCACUCACUGUGGAAAGUGCUGUGGAUGCCAGAGAUGCCAUUGCCAAGAUCCUUUACUCGCUGCUCUUCAACUGGCUCAUGGACAGGCUCAACAAGCAGAUGUGCCCCAAGCAAAACACCCUUUCAGUUGCCAUCUUGGAUAUCUAUGGGUUUGAGGAUCUUGGUUUCAACAGUUUUGAGCAGCUGUGUAUUAAUUAUGCCAAUGAAUAUCUCCAAUAUUUCUUUAACAAGAUUGUCUUUAAGGAAGAACAGGAAGAAUAUAUCCGUGAGCAGAUUGAAUGGAGAGAGAUUGCUUUCACAGACAACCAGCCCUGCAUUGAGCUGAUUUCCCAAAGGCCUCACGGCAUUUUGAAGAUCCUGAAUGACCAAAGCAGUUUCCCUCAGGCUACGGAUCACACAUUCCUUCAGAAAUGCCACUAUCAUCAUGGCUGCAAUCCCCUCUAUUCCAAGCCAAAAAUGCCAGUGCCCGAAUUCUCUAUCAAGCACUAUGCAGGAAAAGUAACCUACCAGGUGCACAAAUUCUUGGAUAAAAACUACGACCAAGUUCGCCAGGAUGUCCUCGAUCUUUUUGUCAACAGUAAAAUCAAAAUGGUCGCCAGCCUCUUCUUCAGCCACGCUCAGUUGGUGGCUCAGCAGAGGACCAUGAUGGGAAAAAACAGCACCAGCAAACGGAAGUACAAGCCCCAAACGGUGGCUGCAAAGUUCCAGCAGUCACUUCUGGACCUGGUGGAGAAGAUGGAGAGAUGUAACCCUUUCUUCGUUCGCUGCCUCAAGCCCAACAGUAAGAAGGAACCAGGACUGUUUCAGGCUGAUACAGUCAGCAACCAGCUACGAUCCUCGGGAAUCCUGGAGACCAUCCGAAUCCGCAAGGAGGGCUUUCCUGUCCGGAUCCCAUUCCAGAUCUUCAUUGACAGGUACCGUUGUCUGGUGGACAUCCGUACUGACAUCAUCCCGGAUGGGUGGAAUUCUGUCGGGGUGCUGAAGAAACUGUGCCCAGUCACUCCAGAGAUGUACCGCAUUGGUACUACCAAGCUCUUCAUGAAGGAAAACAUCUACCAGCAUCUGGAGGCCAAGCGGGAACAGAUUGUCCACAUGGCAGUGGUGACCCUCCAACGUUACGUCCGUGGCUUUUUGAUCAAGAAACGCUUUUAUGCCUUACGCUGCAAGAUAAUCCUAUUUCAAGCCCGGGCACGGGGUUAUCUUGUCAGGCAAAAAUAUGGGAGGCUGCGUCAGACGCUCAUCAAAUUCAGGUGCCUGGUACACAUCUACCUGAACCGCAGGAGGUAUCUCAAGAGGAAGGAUGAGGAGCGUCGAAUUGCAGAACAGGAGAAGAGAAAGGCUGAGCAGGAACUGAGUCAGCGAGAAGUGAUGAAAGUGGCAGACUUGGAAAUCCCUGCUGAUCUGGUCGGACUCUUAAACACAGUGGCUGAUCACAAGCAAGUGAAUGAGGACUGUGUCAUCCCUGUCCCCCCACCCAAGAUGCAGGCCAACUUCCAGCUCACCCUGCCUCUUGACAUCAACAAUUACCCCAUGGCCAAGUACGUGCAGCUCUACUUCAAGGAGCCAUUUUUUGGGAUGCUCACGAGGACUCUAUCAUCCCCCCUGACUCAGUUAGAUGAGAGUUUGGCCCCUGAAGCUCUUAACCUCUUCAAACUGAUCCUCCGCUUUAUGGGCGAUGCCCAGCUCAAGAGCAUCCAGGAGAACCUGUUUGGGAACUAUAUUGUACAGAAGGGGCUCUCUAUGCCAAGCCUGCAAGAUGAGAUCCUGGCCCAGAUUACCAACCAAGUGUGGCUGAACACCAAUGUCCACAAUGAAGAACGGGGGUGGCUGCUGUUGGCCUCGUGUGUCAGCGCCUUCGUGCCCUCCCCCCAGCUGGCUAAGUACCUGCUGAAGUUUGUUUCAGACUAUGCCUUGGAUGGGUAUCAACCUGUCUGCCAACACAAGCUCAUGCAAGCAAUGGCAAGGGGCCAGGAUGGUGAGGAGGCCGCCCGAGCAUAUCCACCCACCCUACUGGAGUGGACAGCCAGCCGGGACCGAGUGAACAUGGCCCUUGAUGUGUACUGUUUCAAUGGAGACCAUUAUUCUUGCCCUGUCCAUUCCUGGACCACAGGGGAAGGCCUUGCUGAAAGUGUAUUGAAAUACAGGGGUCUUCCAGAGGGAUGGCGAGGCUGGUCCGUCACCAUGAAGGAUGGUACCCAGUGGGCCGAGCUGGCUGGCCACGACUAUGUUUUGGAUCUGAUUUCUGAUUUGGAACUGAUCCGAGGUUUCCCCAAGCAGAAGUCCUAUUUCAUCCUUGCUUCUGAAGACCCAGAGAAAUACACUGGUGGCAAAUUGGGUUUCCAACGUGGUUUGGAUUCAGAUGGGAGAGUUCCUCCUCCGCCAUUGAUGAAGGCUCCCACUAUGGCCUCUGCCCCGCUGCCAGACUCUGAGGGAUAUUGCAGCCAUGAUUCAGAUACCUGCAGUGAACCCAGGAGCCAAAAAGGACUGGAUCACUAUCUGGAUAGCCUCUUUGAUCCUGUGCUGUCCUAUGGAAAAGGGGAACUAGAGAAGCCAGCCGCCAUCUCACGAAGGAUGAAAGGCGGUGGCCACGUUGGAGAAGGCAAUGGUGCUGUGGUCCCUCAGACCUCUGGAAAGGAGGAGGAGGCUGUGUUGACACAGCUGGCUUACGACAAGCACCAAGAGUCAGUUCUGGGGGAAGCUGGGAAGAGGCUGAUAGACAGGUCUGCGUUACCUUCAGGCACUGCAUGGAGGAAAACCACCUUUCAGAAUCCAGAGUCUUGUUCCACGUCUCAGGCUGGUGGGCUUAUCCGCCAUUCCAAGCUGAAUUCGGAACACAACCCUGAGCCUACGCAGAACAUUCGCAACAUCAUCAAGCAAUACCAGCAACCUUUGCGAGUUUCAGAGCCCACCAGAAAGGAAGGGGGGAAGGCCUUUGUGAAGAAAAUGGAUCCCCACGAAGAAGCCUUGAUGAUCCUGAAGAGACAGAUGGCACCCACAAGGGUACCUGUGCAGCCCCUUCAGGCUACCCAAGAGCCAGCACCAAGAGAGAUCAUCGCGAUGGUGAGACCAGUGGCUACUGCCAAGGUAGCUGAGCCCGUUCCCGUGGCUCAGUCUGUGCCUGAUGCUUCUUCAGCUCCCAUCUUGCGAGAGCUGAUGUCGGAGGAUGAGACGGUCCAUACGAAACUUCACUGUCGAGGCAGUGAGGAGUUUUAUGGGUACCACAACGUCUCCUGGAAGAUCUAUCUGAGGAAAGAGGUUUUUUAUCCAAAGGAGACUAUCAGCAGCCCUCUUCUGCUAGAUCUCCUUUUUCGGCAGAUCUUCAACGAUACUCUGUCGGAUGCCUGCAUUCGUCUCACCGAAGAGGAGAAGCUACGCAUGAAAACUCUUUUUGUGGAAAACAAGCUGGACUCCUUCAGUCCGGUGGCUGACGAAAGCGUCAAGAAGGAAAUUAUACGCGUAGCCCGAGAGAAUUGGGAGGUGUACUUCUCCCGCCUUUUUCCUGCUACGGGCAGCGUUGGCACCGGGGUGCAAAUCUUGGCCGUGUCUGACUCGGGGAUUAAACUCCUGCGACUGGUCAAAGGGACCAACCUCCCUGGAGAGCAGGUCCGGGUGCUGCGAGGCUACAAUUACAGUGAGCUCCUGUUUGUCACCAUGCCCUCAAAGAACAUGCUGGAAUUCAACCUGGUCCAUGAGAAGCUCAUCCUCUUCUCCCCCAAAGCUGUCCAGGCAAAGGCCUUGAUCGACCACUUCAUCAUGGAGCUCAAGAAGGACUCACAAUAUAUGGUUGCCAUUAAGAACCACAUCACUAAUGCUGAAAACCUUCUGAGUUUUCACAAGGGAGACAUCAUUUGCCUGCGACCGUUGGAGGGUCUGGAACCAGACCACUAUUAUGGCUGCGUGGUGAGGAAGAAAGUGAUCCUCCUGGAAGAGGUCAAAAAAGGCACCCUGGAUUUUGGUUGGAAGUUUGGUGCCAUCUUUGGGAAGUCGGGACUCUUCCCCUCCAGCUGCGUCCAACCAGUGGCAGCCCCAGAUUUCACGCAGCUGCCCACAGAGAAGAAGGAGGACCCCCACAACAAGCAGGCAAAGGUGGCUGGUCCAGCCUCGGUGGCCGUGGCUGUGGCAUCAGCAGCUGUGGCUCAGGAGCUGGACAGGAAGGUUGAGGUUUCCCCAGUGGCCGAGGAACACUUGGAGAGCUGGGAAGAAUUUAAGAGCCCUCCAGGGAUCAGACCCCAAGGAGGCCCCUUCACCAUGCUGGAAUUCGCCAAGAAGUAUUUCCGAGACGGGCAGAAGACAAAGCCGGAGAAACAGAAACCAAAGAAGGGUGUCGAAUCUACGACUGUGGUGGAUAUUCUGAAAUACACCAAGUGUCCCAUCCAGGAGUCACUCAUUGGAUUCACCAACAGCAGCCUGAACAAAAUAGCAGCAGAAUCCUUCCAGGCUGUGAUGAAGUUCAUGGGUGACCUUCCACUCAAAGGACAGUCUGAGCUGGAUGUGGUCUAUGCCUUGUUGAAGCUCUGUGGUGACCACGAGGUCAUCCGGGAUGAAGUUUUUUGCCAGAUCCUCAAACAGAUCACAGACAACAUCAGCAGCAAGACGGAUAGCUGCCUCAAAGGAUGGCGGCUUCUGUACAUCCUGAGUGCCUACUAUAGAUGUUCCGAGGUCUUCAAGCCCUACCUUCUCCAGUUCCUCCAGGAGGUCUCUGCCCGCCCUGGUUUGCAUUUCCAAGGCAUCGCCAAGGCCUGCGAGCAGAAUUUGCUGAAAACUUUCAAGUUUGGGGGUCGCUGUGAGUUUCCUAGUGCUGUGGAGCUCCAAGCCUUGGUGGCUGGAAGAAGUUCAAAGCGUCAGCUAUUUCUCCUUCCAGGAGGGAUCGAAAGGCACCUCAAAAUCAAGACUUGCUCGGUGGCCCAGGACGUCAUAGAAGAGAUAUGCUUCGAAAUGGGUCUGCACCAGCCUGAAGCCUUCAGAGAAUACAUCAUUUUUGCUGUCUCUAAUAAAAAUCAGAAUGUCCGACCUUUGGACCGGCGGGAGUACAUCCUUGAUGUCACCAUGGAAAUGGAGAAUGUGGACAGCAGCUACAUGUUCUGGUACCGGCGUGUGAUUUGGGCUCAGCCUCUGAAAUUCGACAAUGAACUCUACGUCACCAUGCAUUACAACCAGGUGCUACCUGACUAUCUGAAAGGUCUCUUCAACAUCUUGUCUUCUGCAAAACUGAGUGAUCAACAGUUCCAGCAAAUCUCCAAAUUGGCGGCUUUGCAGCUCUGGGUGAAGGGCCUGGCAAUUUUAAGGGAAGUUCAGGAUUACAUCCCACCCCAGCUCUAUCAUCUGCAGAAGGCUCAGGCAUGGCUGGACAUGGUGGCCCCCUUCAUGCACCAAGCACAAGCCCUGAGCGCCCACCAGGCUCGGGCCCAAUUCUUAGGGCUCCUGAGCGCCUUCCCCAUGUUUGGGUCUUCGUUCUUCUACAUCCAGAGUUGCAGCAGCAACACCAUCAUUUCGCCCUGUAUCCUGGCCGUGAACCAGAAUGGGCUGAAUUUUCUCCACAAGGAAACUCACGAACCCAUCGUGACAUUCUCUCUGAAGGAGAUCCACUCUACUCGCACCCAGAGACCUUCAGCCGGAUCCAGCUACCCCUACGUGGAGAUUAUGCUGGGAGACUUGAUGUCUCACAGGAUCACACAGCUGCAGCUUAAACAGCUUAACCUUCAGAUGGUAGGUGUUUUCCUCAUAAUAAUACUGAUAAGGUGUUGGGGUGCAACCUUUGAAGUGUUCCAGAUGUCUCAACUGUUUAUUUUGCUGUCCUGACCCCCCACAUCUGCCACAAAUGGCUGUCCAGGUUUUAUCCUAGGGGUAGGACAGGCGGGUGUUGAUCUAGGAUCCGUGAGCUUAGCAUGGGACAGCAUUAGAAGUGCUGAAACUCUUAAGCGAGUUGAAUAGGCUGACCCACCGUGGCAGAUUAUGCAGCUUGUAAAGCUCUGAAUAAACCCUUGAGAGGCAGGUUCUGACUUCUGUUGUGUCCUCUUUCUCCCCUCAGGGCCUGGAACUGUGUCGUGUCAUUGCCACCCACAUGGAGAGCCUAUUGCACGCACGUGAAAAGCAGCUCACGCUGCCCCCGAGGGAGAUUACUUUGUUGUGACUGGAUCUGCUGUUCUGCAUCUCUCUCUUCCAGAUUCCAGAACAGAUCCCGGUGCAACUGGAAUUUAUAGCCGAGCUGUAAACAGCUCAUCCUGUAGGUUUCAAUGACGUUCCCCUUGUCAUCUCCAGAUUUAGGGGUGGGAAUGCAUGGAUGUGAGCAAGGAGACAUCAGGGCAUCUCAUCCUGCUGGCUUGUGUGAUGUAAUAGAUGCUGCUGGUUUUCCCAGCUCCCUUCGGAUGCUGUAUGGAACAGGGAUCAUCUAACUUAGGGGCAAUUCCAAAUGACUCCUGGCAGCAUCUUGUAUAUUUUUCAUUUGGACUAGAAGCAUCUUCUGAUGUUUCAUACAGACUAUUCUAUAUUAACCAAUUUACUUGGCCAGCAAAAUGUCAGCCACACAACACAUUCUCCUUUGGGUUUAAAUUGGUGUUUAUGGCCAAAGCAGGAAAUUAUUUUGCUGUAGCAAAGAUUUACUUGGCUCAGUAUUCCGUUUCCAACAACUGAUGGCCAGAUGUUAUACAGAGAUGUCUGAGCAAAAUAUGAUGGUGAUUCAGACUAAAUAUAUGUAUAAAAAAGUUUUUAGGAUUUUUUUAAAUUAUUCUUCUUGUGUUUCAUGGUAUGUCUCCCCAAACUGUAGCUCUUUAUUUAUUUGUUAAUAAAAGCUGUUGAUCCAUCUUUAGAAA